UCUUUGCUCUCUUCGCACUCGUCUUCGACUUCGCUCCCCUACCCUUCGCUUCUCUCUCUCUCUCUCGUUUUGCUUCUUGGUUCUCCGCUUCAGCUCUCCCCACCACAUCGGCUCAUCGCCUCCUCCCCCCCCCCCGGACUGCACCCCCCUCGACACAUAGCAACCGCAUAGUCACGCACACUUACUAUCGGCGACUGCCAUGGGGGGUGAACACAAGUGUCCCCUCUGUUCCGCGACGUUUACACGUCCACAACACGUCGGCCGCCACCUGCGCGCUCACACCGGCGACCGCCCGUACGAAUGCAAGGAAUGUCCACUACGCUUUGCACGCAGCGACCUCCUCUCACGCCAUGUCAACAAGGCCCAUCCCAAGCCAGAUGGCCAAGGAGCCGACAAGAACAAAGACAAGCGCGGUAGACGCAAGUCGGUGUCGACCCAGAACCCCGCGACGGGUGGCAUAUCGGCUUCGCGGCCACCCCAGCUUCCUCCCACUGCGCCGCAACCACUAGUCCACCCCGGCCACCCGCCAGAGCUUACCGCCUUCCAAGCCCAGAGAAUGUAUCCGAACCAUCCACUGCUCCAGCAGAAUGCAGCGACAUCACAGCUGUGGGCCCAGCCCGCAUUCACGCUCGGCCACGGCAACCAGUUUGGCACCGAUGCCUUGGGCAACCUCGUCAUGCCUGCGGCCUUCGCCAUGGCUCCCGACCCCGUGAACCCACAUGCGAGCUUUGACCCACAGCUGGCACAAGCCGGCCCACAUAUGGGGCUAGACCUUGCCGUCAAGAAGCGCGCGUGCGACCAGUGCAACCACUCAAAGGUGCGCUGCGACUGUGCCGAUCCAUGUGCUCGUUGCGCCCACAGAUCAGUCCAGUGCACCUACACCAAACAACAACGAGCUCGCACUUCAGGCUUGGGCCCACAUCUGUCCACCGCCGUCGACCCUGUUUCUAACCCACUGAGCGGAAUCUCUCCCACUGCAGGCAUCCGCAACUCGCCCCUGUCAUCAAGUCAAGCGCGCAUGCCCGACGCGCUAGGCAAUGUUGGUGUUGCAGUCGCGCGGCCUCCUGUGCCCGACCCGCAAUGGGACGCAAGCAUCCAGCACACGAUCGGCAGCCAGGCUGCUGACAACCCCGUGCUGCACCAGUCUCCAGCCAACCUCGCCAUGGCAUUGACGCCCGCCCUCACCAACGCGACAAGUCCGACCGCCACCGAGGUCUCUACUGACCGCCGUGGUUCCAGUGGCAACUGGAUCAUGCCGCCUGGCUCGGUGUCUAUCCCAACGCAAGGCGACUUUGGCGGCAUACAGAUGGACGGCAUAGGACUUGCGUCGUCGUUCCACGGCUCAACCACAUUGUUCAGGACGCGCGCAGAGUCGCUGUACAACGACAGCAGCGCGUCACCCAACUACGCCCCUACCGUAUCAUCAGAGGACGACGAUGCCUCCUCCAUCAGCUGGACUGAGAGGGAGGGAGCACGCCGCCGCCGCUCCAGCGCCAGCGGACACUGGGCGGGCGCCAUGGACCAGCUGCAUCUCGACGAUCCCCAAGUUCAGGGCGUCACCUUUGACGUCAACGGCAACAUGCAGUUUGGCUUCCAGCACCAGCAGCAGCAGCAGCAGCCGCAGCGCCACAGUACUUUCCCCAUUGCGCCGGGCGACGUGUCUGCAAAUCUGUCACGCGCACCCAGCAGCCAGGACGUAAACUUUUGGAAGCUGUUCCUCGACCCGGCUGCACUUGCUAGCCCGGAUGUGCAGGACAUGGGGUUCAACUCGCUCGACACGCCUCGUGGUUUGUCUAAGUCCAACUCGAUGCCUGACCUCAAGACACCACCCACUGUCACCGCCAACUACGCGCCGCUCCAGUUCCCCGACGCCAUGGCUAUUCCCACUGGCCCGCCUGGCGUGCUCUACCCACAACAGCAACAGCAGGGGCAGCAGCAGGGACAAGUGCAGGGGCAGUCGCAGCAGCGUGCCAACUCGGACGACACGGACAUGGACCGCUGGCGCGACCACAUCCAGCAACGCCACGCCAGUUUCUCAAUGAGCCUCGGCCCUGCCUCCCGCAAAAUAUCAACAGGCCAGCUCGGCACACCCUCCUUUGCCUCGAGCAAGCCAGGGAUGAUGCGGCCGCCGCCGAACCCCCUCUUCUCGAACGCGGCGAUGCAGCAGACGCUCGCGCCCGAACGCACCCCGAGCUUUGGAUUCAACGCCUUCGACCCCACGACGCCCAAGGGCAACCCGCGCACGCCCACGGCCCAGCUGCUGAGCAUGUACACGGGCUUUGAGCGGUUCGAGCGGCCAAACAACAAGCGCAUGGCGAGCCAGACCCUCGUGCCCGACAUGUUCCAGAAGCGGCAGCAGACCUUCCCGCCCGAGGAAGACUUGACCGACUCGAACGCGAGCUCGCCCCGCCGCUCCUCGGACCUGCCGCGCGCACUCCCCGCCUCGGGGCUGUACCAGUCGACCGUGCCGCCCGCCAAGACUGGUUAGGCCAUGUAUAGACGGUCGCCGCCGUAGACAUGCCAUUCGCCUGUAGCCAAGUAGUACGCAUUAAUAGCGCAUGUAGUACCAGAAUGCACAGCGGUUGCGACGGCAACGUUCCUCUGG